CUGAGUUCCGCGCGGGCCGGGUAAUGUGCUUCCCGGGGUUGCUGGUCCGGCCGCCCGAGGGAGGGUCCCGGGAGGUAAGAAGUGCUGUGCGGACUGGACCGGAGCGGCUGCAGCCUGGGCCCUCACCCCGUGCCUGGCGGAGCCCUCUCUCGCUGGUGGGCACGGAAGAUGCUCUUCUGCAGCAGCUGGCCGACUCGAUGCUCAAGGAGGACUGCGCCUCGGAGCUGAAGGUCCACCUGGCAAGGUCCCUCCCUCUGCCCUCCAACGUGAAUCGGCCCCGAAUUGACCUGAUCGUAUUCGUGGUCAACCUUCACAGCAAAUACAGCCUCCGGAACGUGGAGGAGUCCCUGCACCAUGUGGACACCACCUUCUUCCUCGGGAAGGUGGGCUUCCUCAUCACAGGCGCUGCGAAGGCAGACAUUCCAGCCCGCGGCCCUCACGGUUUCUCCGCAGCUGGGCGGGAGGGCCACUGCAGCAUUCACCGGAACACCGUCGUGAGGCUGGCCCGCACCUACCGGAGCCCUCUGCUCUUCUGCGACCUGGAGGUGGAAGGCUUUCGAGCCACGGUGGCCCAGCGCCUGGUACGCAUGCUGCAGAUCUGCGCGGGCCACGUGCCCGGUGUCUCGGCCCUGAACCUGCUGUCCCUGCUGAGGAGCUCUGAGAACCCCGCCCUGGAGGACGUGUGAGAGCCGCCGGCCCCCCGAGCUGGCCCUCCCCACGGCCCGGUGCCUGGCGCGGGAGACUUCCGCUGUUGCCUGCCGGGCUCUGGGUCAGCGGUCGGUUCCCCGCACGGCCCAGCCUCGGAGCCCCGCUGGUGGGAAUGCAGCCCCCUCCCCGCCAUGCUCUUCAUCCACCGGCCGGGCUCCCUCUCCACCUCAGGCUUCGCUUGAACAAAGCGUCUAUGGCUCAAAAAUAAGUUUGAAAACCCCUGGUCUCCUCCACCACCUUGACUGUGCAGAUGAGGACACUGACUCCGGACAGUUAGGGUCGGGCAGGGGAGCUUGGACUCUGCGACCCAAUCUGACCCCACAUCCUAGCCUUGCCAGCCUUACAGAGCCUGCCGUGGCCUCCUAGAGCCUCAGUUUCCCAGGUGUGCAAUGGAGAUCGUUCUAGUGUCCUUGCUGCAUUGCGAGGACUGAAUGAAAUGACAAGCCUGCAGCUGUAUUUCUCCCUCCACUUGUAUUCCGUGUGUCCCAUGAUCCCUUGCAGUAAGGCCUUGCCCCGUACCAGCUAAGCGCUCAGUGAACGGUAACUGUUGUGUGAAAUCCCACGGAGCUAGGUUCAAAAGCUGGUGCAAACCCAGGAAUUACACUGUUUAUGAAUUGAUACAUUUGUGGGAAUUGUGUGAAUUGAUAUGUUUGUGGGAAUUAUGUGAGAGAGGCUGUCUGGUGGGCUGGCUCCCGGCUUGGCGGCCGGAGGUUGCACCGUGACUAUGGCUCCCCGUCUCCUCUGGGUCUAAUGAGAAUUUGCAGAAGUGCCAGGGUUGGAAUCCAGGAAUCCGGUCAGCCAGCUGGGCACACAGGCUGGUGGACAGGACCUCAGGAGGAGAGCCGGGUCUGGGCUCCCUUGGACCAUGACGCUGCCCCCUACCUGGCUUGUGCUGGGCCCUGCCUUGGUGCCCGGGGCAGGGCUGGCACCGCGGGGCCUCUGCUUUGACUUUGCCAUCACGGCCGGAGCCCAUGCUCUCCAUGAAGUGGGGCCAACUUGAAACUCAUGAGGGCGGGGCCUGCCUUUCUCCUUUCCCGGGGCUCCUGCCUGAGCCUGGCCCAGCGCUGCACGCCUAGUGCUCAGUAAGGUCCGGCAGCCAGACACCUGGCUGAUUGGAGGCCACCCCGUGGGCCCACCGAGAACCUCAGCUGCGAGGAUUCCAGUUGAGGUCCCCCGUGUCCGCGACGCAGCAAGGCACUGCAUGCUUUAGUCUCCUCACCAGCCGUUCCUGUGCCACCCCCACCCCCCCACCCCCGUCCCGGCGGACCUGCGAGGUUGAUACUGUUUCCCUACUUACACUCGAGGAGCCAGGACUGAAGUGGCCAGAGGCGGGUCCACGUCACACAGCUAACCAGGCGGCUGCCUCCAGACCCCCCUCUGCUCUUCCCUCCAGUCGUUUUCUUAGGUGCCUAAUGGUUGGACAAAGGUUCCGGCGCUUCUGCUGGGCAGGCGCUGACUGAGAAAGCAGCCGUCAGGAAGGGCAGUCUCAAGGAGCCGCUCCCAUGUGCUGGGGUCCGCGCCUCAGGACAGGGGCAGGCCUGGGGGAGGAGAGGGCGAGGAGCAGGGUGGGAGCACUGCCCGAGCCAGGGAGAAUAUGACUGCAGACCUGGGGCUCCUCGGCGCUGGGGAAGGGAGCCCAGCUCCCGUGGUGAGGUUGCUGCAUCCAGGGUUGAAGGAAGAGGCCGAGGUGAGAGGUGUGUUGGUCUCUGAGGGGAUGGGCAGGAUCGCCAGAGGCCCCGGUGCCCCCUAGGAACCAGCCUUGUCUCAGCUCCUCAGUAGCCUGGGCCGGAGAGGGUGGGGCUUUGCAGGGCAGUGUGGAGACGGGGUGCAAGCAGGGUAGGUCCCCGGGAGCUGAUGGAGCAGGUAUCCAAGCAGAAGAGGAGGGCAGUGUGGACACAGCCUGCCUGCCUCCGCUGGGCACGGCACUUUGUUGGAGACCAGGGGGUCUCCCCAUACCCCUUGGCCUCCCCACAGCUGGCACGGGGCACACUCUCUCUCUGGUCCCUGUGCCAUGUUUUCUUUGCCACCUGGUGCCAUUUAACAAGAGAAGUGGCAUCACACUCCAGCCGAGGAUCUGAGAGCCUUCCAAGUGCCGGGGGGGGGGACUCAGUGCUGUCGCGGCUGCCAACUCCAGCGAGCUUGGCAGGGGCCCAGGAACCGAGAGGCUGCGUCUGCCUCACAGCACAGCUGAGCAGCUCUGAACAGCAGUCGGCAGCCCUCCCAGGCCUGUGCCCCUGGCCAGGCAGAGCGGCUGUUCUGCACGGUCUGGAGGCCAGGGACGCUGGGAGGCAGUUCCAUCAAGCGAAGUAAUGGAAGACCAGUCUUUAUGCCCCAGUGGUGCCUGGAAUGGGUGCUUGGUGCUGUGGCGGGGUGGACGGAGCUGGGAGAGGCUGUGCUUGGCUCCUUACGGAUCUCAUGACCUUAGGCCGGUCACUUUAUCCUCCGGGAGCCUGUUUCCUUGUCUGUAGGAUGAGAUCAGGCUAAUGAAUGCCUUUCUCCCCAGCUGGUCUCAGGACUGAGAAGGAGAAGCCAUUAUUUUAUUUUAUUUAUUUAUUUUUAAAGAUUUUAUUUAUUAGAGAGAGAGAGAGCAUAAGCAGGGGGAGAGGCAGAGGGAGAAG